CCUCGUAUUGUGACGCAGAGUCAGCUGACCACAGAGGAAGCCUCGAUCCUUCUUACGACCUUCAGGAUCUCGGUCUUUUUCUGCGGUUCUGUCCCCGGUUCUGUUCCGAGCAUGGCGAGUCAGUCUCAGGGCAUCCAGCAGCUGCUGCAGGCCGAGAAGAGAGCGGCGGAGAAGGUGACUGAGGCCCGGAAACGUAAGAACCGGCGUCUAAAGCAGGCCAAGGAGGAGGCUCAAGCUGAGAUUGAACAGUACCGAAUGCAGAGGGAGAAGGAGUUCAAGACCAAGGAAGCUGCUGCUCUCGGUUCCCACGGUAACAGCGCCGUAGAGGUUGACCGCGACACAGCUGAGAGGAUGGCUCGUAUCCAGGAUAGUUACCGUGGUAACAGGGAGACAGUGCUAAAUGAGCUACUGCGGCGCAUCUGCGACAUCCAGCCGGAGUUACACGCUAACUACCGCGUGGCAGGCUGAAAGGGGGCGGAGCAACUUUCUGCUGCUGAGGGGCAGGUCAUAGAGUCGGUCCAUAUCUGUUGGUGUUGUUUCUUGUGCUGAUGUUUACAAAGUAUUUAUAUUUCAAAAUAAAUCGAUUUGUUUCUUUUAACUCUUUCAGAAUUUAACCGAAUAAGUCUUCUGAGAAAUCCAGCCAAUCAUGCUUUGGCCUCCCAACUCUUCUGUGAUCCGGACACCUGAUUGGCUGGAAAAAAUUGUCUUAUUGUGAAACUCUUGUAAUUCUACAAUGUUUUCUUGUUUGUGACCAUGUGACUUCCUGUUGGUUGUAAAAGUGAUGAUGAAACAUUAAAGUGAAUGCUGAUUGGUUGAAA